UGAGUGUCGCGCGCGCGCACCGCGUACAGAAGUGUUGUAGAAAGUGUAUCUGAAAUUAACAGUUCGUUAUCCAGUUUUUGUAAACACUGUAGAAGACACCGGAUAGGCAAUCUUCGUUGUUGUGCAGUCGUUUGAACAGCAUUUGCGUGGAUUAUGGACGAAACUGUAGAGAGAGGUGCAGCGGAGCGAUCUGCGCGUGGGUCAACAAACACUUCCUACUGUGAAGACGAACAAACUGACCACAGCGAGAGAGAUCAUGACGACGACGACGAGCGUUCACUGCCCCUCAGGGAAUUUUAUCCGUAUAUUCGCUGUGCCCUUUGCAAUGGAUUUUUCAUUGACGCAACCACCAUUACAGAGUGUCUUCAUACCUUUUGUAAGAGCUGUAUAGUAAGGCACUUUUUCUACAGCAACAGGUGUCCGAACUGUGCUAUUGUAGUUCACCAGACACAGCCAUUGUACAACAUAAGACCUGAUAGACAAUUACAAGACAUUGUAUUUAAAAUGGUUCCAUAUUUGGAAGGAGAUGAAAGGUCACGGAUAUGUGAAUUUUAUAAAAAGAGAGGACUUGAAGUUCCAAAGCCAGUGGCAGUGCCAGCGCCAGCCAUCAAGCUGCCCCCGAGACAGAGGAGAGACAUGCUGCCUCAGUCUGUUUUUACUAUCCCCUCAGAGCUGGAUAUGUCUCUGAUGCUGGAGUUUUUGGGAGCUGAAGAGGGCAUUGCAAACUAUAAGCCUCUCGAGAGGAAGUAUGUACGUGUUUCAGGGGAAGCUACAAUCCAUCAUGUCGAGCUCUUUAUCCGGAGAAAGAUGGAGCUGAGCCCAAAUUACAAGGUGGAUGUUGUAUGUGGGGAGCAUCUCCUUGAACACUGCCAGUCUUUGAGAGAAGUGUGUAACACCCUGGGAAAACAUGCAUUACAGGAUGGGAUGUUGGUUCUGCAUUUUGGGCUUGUGCUGCCAGCUCAGUGAGAGAAGCUACAAAAGAGACCAACUACUGUAAAAAACUGUGAACCAGGGUGUAUAGAUAUUUCAUAACGAGGGCUAAACUGAACUUUAAAGGAAUAGUUCACCCAAAAAAUUAAAUUCUGUCAUGAAUUACUCUCUAGUUGUUCCAAAUCUCAAUAAAUUUCUUUGCGCUGAUGAAUACAGACUUUGCGCUGAUGAAUACACAGAAAGAUUUGGACAAAUGCUUGUAACCAAACAGUUCUUGGUCUCUAUUGACUACCAUAUGUUGGAGAAAUUACAAUGGUAGUCAAAAGUGCCCCAGAACUGUUUUCUGUCCUUGCUUUUUUUAAACAAAAAAAUAAAGUAAAAUUUUCCUACGAUGGUAGUCAAUGGGGUCCAAGAACUGUUUGGUUACAAGCAUUUGUCCAAAUGUGUUCAUCAGAACAAAGAAAUUUGUACAGAUUUGGAACUUGGAAAAGGUGAGUAGAUGAAGACAGUAUUUUUAUUUUAAGGUGACCUAUCCCUUUAAAAAGAUUAUACUAUGCAAAAUGAUUUGUACUUCCAGCUCUGAUUAUUUUAUGCUUUAAAAGCAAAAUAAAAAAAUACCAGCAUUGUUUCAGCAAAUGCACUGAUAAACUUCAGUACUGUAAUGAAAUAUUUACACUAAACACUGUCUGAUAAAACAAUAAACUUUACUUUAUAAAUGCAUUACUUUUCUGUAAAUUAUGUUUUAUGCUUCUGCUGAUGUUGCAGAAAAACUAAAGCAAUUUUCUCCUAGUCUCAUAAGAAAUAUCAUUGUUUGGGGUGCAUUAUUACUAUUCGCACUGUCACAGUAGUGGAAAUUAGUUAUUAGUUUACUCUUAAUUAUCUGAAAAAAUUAAAUGAUUUGUUAAGUUGUCUUUUUUAUCCUUCAACUGUGAUUUGUGGUUUACUUUAUUCUGGGUUUUCCAGGUCUCUUUUGAUUUUGUAGGAUUGUUACAGAAUUGUUUGAGUAUUAAAAAAAUAUAAUCAUUUUUGAAAAAGCAACAAUGUGAGCAAAUAGAGGUUUGUCCUUGUUGGUUUAUUUGUAUGAUUUAUUUAAGUAUGAUCCAUUUUCAUUCACACAUUUUUACAGUUUUGAAAAAUCCUUUGUAACUAUGCCCCACUUCUGAUUACUGUAGUGUGUUCCUGUGACGCUGUUAUUGUCCUCACUAAAGAUACAUUUGCCUAAAUGUUAUGAAACGUUAAUCAUCUCAUGCGAUACUAAUAAAGGUUCGUUUUGCUAAAGCCACUAUCAUGAAAUGCUCUAGAGAGAGGUUUGCUAAAAGAAUAAAGGGAGGGGUCGAGAGAUAAACUGCUUAAAACCCAGGGGGUCACGAAAGACUAGAGAGAAUGGUUUCCAAGGGAACCGCCUCCACCCGAACUACAUCAAAUUAAGGUGCUUUAACAGUAUUAAGUACAAUAUAGCUAGAAACCUGUUCUAAUUUUAGCGUCAGAGCUUUAAUUUAUUUGUUUAACUUAUGUUUUAAUGGUCUAUAUCCAAUUCACUGUAUCCUUGUGAGUAUAAGAUUCACUUUUGCUGACUUUAUUCUGAAUAGAAUUUAUAGUCCAGCUACCCGUUUUCCAAAGGGACAAUAAAUCCUAAAAGGUCAUCUGCCAAAUUUUCAACAAAACACUGUCAUUCAGAACAGCACAUGGCAAAAGCUGUGAGGAGAGACAGGGAUUAAUCAAUCAGAUCUUUAAAUUCUCUGUUGUGUGUGGAGAGAAAUAGAAUCUAUUAGCAUUCAAACAGAAGGUCACUUCAAAAAAAGUAAAUGCACUUCUGAUAAAUAUAGGUAUACCUAUAUAUAUCAGAAGUGCAUUUA